AUGUCGGCGCUCGUUAUGCCCAGAUGUACGGGAACCCGUAUGUGGCGCCCUCAUCCCGUCGUACCCUUUCUCGCGUUCUACUCCAGCGAACAGCUCGCCCAGUUCAUGCGCACCCAUCUCGACGACCCGUUCUCAGAGAAAUUCGCCAAAUUCGUCGAGACAGUCAACAUGACUGGGUCCUACUUCACCUCAAUGGAUGACGACACUCUUUCAAGAUUAUGCGGCCACGAACCCAGUCUUCUGUACGACCUCCAGCGGUGGAAGACUGCAUUGACCAAGCCGCGGACACCGUCUGUCCGAACGGUCUUCGAGCUUCCUCCCAUAUCUCCCACCGUCUCGCCAGCACCUUCAGAACCUUCUACUCUUCAUCCCGAGAGCGAUCGGGAGGUUCCAGUGCAUGGCGACGCCGACAGGAGCGAUGACUGGGACGACUUCCUCCUCUCAACACCCGAGUCCACACAAUCCGCAUUCACUCUCGAGGACCAGGGUCCGCUCUCGCCUCACAUCACCCGCGCCCAGCACGUCGACGUCGUCGAGACACGUUCCACGCACCACUUCAGCCCGCUCAUCUCCCGCCACCAAUUCACCCACUACGAUACUCAUCACCAUCAUCCUGGAGUCGAUGACGACAAAUUCCCGUACUCCAAUCCUUCCCCCGAAUCUGAUCUAGACGGCGGUAGCAGCACAGCUGGGGACAACGAUCCCCUCUUCUCCCACUCUGCCUCACUAUCCCGAAGAUCAAGCACCGCAUCCCUGCGCUCAAACAUCAACGUCCUCAACUUUGACUCCGUCCCCACCCCCGUCCCUUCGGACCUCUUCGAACUCGCUGCGGAAGCCUUAUCCUCCGCGUCCUCCACCUGUUCCGACGCUUCAUCCGAAAAAGAUCCGCUAGAGGACGCAGACGAUCAUCUAUGGGUUUAUGAAGACGAACUUGACAGAAAUGGAGAUGCAGUUGCGGGAGAUGGUGCUCAUAACCGAGCCUGCGGUUCGCCUCGUGUCGAGAAAGAUGGACAUGAGGAGGAGGAAGGUUUGAUUGAGAAUGAGGGUGGUCCUUCCAUUAUUGAUAGCUUUGGUUUGGUGGGACAUGAGGCUGGUGCGGGAGACGAUGAUCGGGAGGGUGGGACGUCUCUCGGGAUUCAGCACGAUCCUGGACUCUUGAUUGAUGAAGACCGGCCGGCGUCUUCAGAACCAUCCCUUCUUUCACAGAAUGACCGCAGUCAAGAUAACUCCGACAUCGCCCCAUCCAUUGACAAGUGCGAACUGCCCUCUACCCAACCCGAAGAUGGCCCAACACCUCGGACUGUCCUCCCUGACCCCGCUUCUUUCCAGCCCACCUCCAUCGAAGACUCGCCACCCUCUCUGACUUCCGACUCUCAGUCCGACGACGAUGAUGGUCAAGGAACCUCAGCCUUCGAGGUCAUUGUUGUCUCUUUUCCGCCAUCGACCAAACCCACCACCACUCCCGCCGAGCCAUGGCCUCCCUCACCGCAACUCGAAACCAUCUUCGAGGAGUCUUCAACCGCCGCCGCAUCCCCUUGUCUCCUUGUUCAUGACUUAGCUAGGGAGGACUCGACCGGUUCUUCAUCGGAAGAGCUCCCAUAUGUCGACGCUAAUGAAAGCGACCUUGCGUUCAUCGAAGAGGUCGUCCCUGACCCAAUGUCGAUCCCACUACCGGAGGAUGAGGAUAGCGAUCUCGACGACUUUCAGGAUUUCGACGUUCACAUCAUCGUCCCUACCCCGCCGGGUGACGAGCGGACGGACAGCGGCGACGACUCUCAAUCCUGUGUGGCGGUCCUUCCCGACCCGUUGGCGAUCCCACUUCCAUUGGAGAACCAAAAGGAACUCGAAGACCUGAUGGAACCCACCGCCCAAGCAUCCGUGUCCCAGCCGCCCAUUGUUACCACCGAAGUCGUCCACAACGAGCCUUGCCUUACCGAUGGCGAAGACGACGAAAGGGCCGUCAACUCCGACCUCGAGUACGCCGACGCAGAUUCGCGGCUGACCUCACCUGCGCAAGCAUCUGUGGCCCUUACACCGGUUGUGAUUCAUGUACAAUUGCAGGAAGCCGGAUACGAACCUGUUGUCGUUCCUGUCCCAGUCGAGCAAGGGUCUUCGUCGAAGCCAUUGUCGUCCCUCCAACACUCGGACGCCGACACCGACCCUUCGUAUUCUCUACCAGGUGCAUUCGAGUAUCAAGCCCUACCCGAUACUCGUGCCCUCGUCGCUGCAGACGAUGCGCCCGAGUCUGAACAUCCCGGGGAAGAACAGUCCAUCCAACAAGUCGCCAUCCUCGACGCCGCCCCUCAACCCUUCAGCGAUGCCAUCUCCCGUUCCAUAUCCUCCGAAUCCCAGUGCAUGUCCAGUCUGUCUGCUGUGACGCAGCUUAAGACAUUCGAAUCCCAAAUACCCUUCCCACCACACAACUCGAUUCCCAUCGCCCCUCCAACUUCAGAGCCAACCCCACCAAACGUCCUCACUGCCGAGCCUACUGUCGACUCUGAACUGGAGCCAAAGGCACUCGUCCAAACCGCGGGUGCGGCCCUCGAAAACGACGAACCCGACUCUAUCGCCCCAACGCCCGAGCUUACCUUGACACCAGCCACACCCUCCCUGGAAGAGAUAUCCCAAACUCUCACAGAAGUCUUCAUCAAGCAACAGGUGCUCACGAAUGGGUGUCUCGGGCUGAGCCUGUCACCAGAGUUGGAGAUUAUUCAAACACCGGUGUCGCCCAGUUCGAUCUCGCUCGAGGAUGUACGCGUUGUCCAGAGCGUUGAAGUUGAUCGUAGGCUCGACGACGGUGUGCAUGUUGCUGGCUCUGAAGAUGCUACCGGCGAGGACAAAUACGGCAUGGAGCACGCGCCCGAGAAACCGAAAUUGGAGAUCGACAUCUCGUCCGGCGACUCGCUGUUCUCAGACGAGCUCCUUUCCGCGUUGAUCUCAUCCGUCUCACCGUCCUUCCCCGACCGCCCCUUCAGCAUCACUCGGUCAACAUCGUUUGGGAACUCACCCACCAUCUCUCGCUCCUCUUCUUCAUCCUCGUCCCCGUCCAGUUCAGACAAGUACCGCCAAUGGUCGAGGAGCGGAACCGCACUUCCAUUCUCAGGGAGGGAUUACGAUCGACCGAGGUACCUUUCCUCACCUUACAUGCCUCCCAACUCGCCGUCUACCCCGUCGUCAUCACGUCUAUCUGUCUCAGCCGACUCUCCGUUCACCUCUUCUCGUGGACUUGGACUUUCAACGUCAACCGCCGAGAACGACCCGUCCGAUUCGAGAGCACCAAGACCGCAAGUACGCUUUGUCACUUCGGAUUCGUCCGCUAGCUCUGGCACCUCCCAGGACGCCUCCCAGGAUGCCGAUGACGAACCGGUGCCAUCAUCCCCGCUCUUGACACGCUUCAAGUCCAUUUUCCGCACCAUUCUCCCGUUGCAACACGAUGGACAGGGGCAUGAGAAUUCGUAGCGUGAAACCAUCUAGGAGUCUGACGGACCGGGAGACUGUUGGAGUUCUCUCGUGAGGUCUCGGGA